UCUAGUACAGUACAUUUCGAAUCCGGUAUAGCACUUCGAAAGUAAAGUGACAACCUACAAUCUGCCAUUUUGUCAACGCUCCCAGUGGCAUCCACAACGUUCCGUUGCUCCAAUACGUUAAAAUGUCGGGAGGAUUAGAUAUUCUGUCCCUUAAAGAGGACGACAUCACCAAGAUGUUGGUAGCUACCACCCAUUUGGGUUCCGAAAAUGUGAACUUCCAAAUGGAACAGUACGUCUACAAGCGUCGUACUGAUGGUAUCAAUAUCAUCAAUCUUGGCAAGACCUGGGAAAAGCUGAUGAUAGCUGCCCGUGCUAUUGCCGCCAUCGAGUACCCACAGGAUGUCUUCGUGAUUUCUUCACGUCCCAUCGGUCAGCGUGCUGUGCUCAAGUUCGCCAAGUACACCGACACAACACCAAUUGCCGGCCGUUUCACUCCUGGUGCAUUCACCAAUCAAAUCCAACCAGCUUUCCGUGAACCUCGCUUGUUGGUUGUCACCGACCCACACACCGAUCACCAACCCAUCAUGGAAGCUUCUUACGUAAACAUCCCAGUCAUUGCUUUCUGCAAUACUGAUUCACCUCUACGUUACAUUGAUAUUGCCAUUCCAUGCAACAACAAGGCUCCCCACUCCAUCGGUUUGAUGUGGUGGUUGUUGGCCCGUGAAGUGCUUCGUCUACGUGGCACAAUCUCACGCGUCACUGAAUGGCCCGUAGUGGUGGAUUUGUUCUUCUAUCGCGAUCCCGAGGAGGCUGAGAAGGAAGAAGCUGCCGCCAAGGAAUUGUUGCCACCACCCAAGGUGGAAGAGGUUGUCGAACACCCAGUCGAAGAAGCUACCAACUGGGCUGACGAGGUUGCCGCAGAGACUGUUGGCGGAACUGAAGAUUGGAAUGAUGAUGCUGUGAAGACAUCAUGGGGAGGAGAUGGUAACUUCUAAAGCGCUUGAAUUGAACGCAUGUGUUUUGUCAAAGUCUUUAGUUUUUUAGACAAUGGCAAAAUUGACCGAAAUAAAGUAAUUUUAUUGGUACAUCA